AUGGCCGCCGCCGCCUCCUCCUCCGCUGCGAGAUCCUUCCUCCGGUCCAGCGGCUCAUCGUCCCUCCGCAGCGCGGCGGCAAGAGCCGCCUCGCGUGCCGGAUCUGCUCCGCUGCCGAGGCGGAUGCCCACCUCUGCCUCCCGCGCACUCCUAAGGUCGCCGGUGGAGAUGAGCAGCGUGUGCCUGGAGUCCCUGAUGCCCAUGCACAGCGCCACGGCUUCGGCGCUCAUGACGUCGCUACUCGCUGCCCCGGCUUGCAAGGGAUUCGGUUGGCUAUCAGAAGAUCGCAGAUCACCGAACGGAUCAUAUAUUGAAAUUGAAGAAACUGAAAGGAAAAGAAGAAACGUCAAGAUAGAUGAACUUCAGGGACCCAAAAGAUGGAACGUAGCAGAUUAUUAUCCCGUCACCUCAGAUCUACAGAUGGAUGAUUUGUCGUUAUUGGAGACCUGCAGUGAUGGUAUCUGGUCUGGAUUAUGGAAUACCUCGUGA